GCAAGGGAGGGAGGGAAUUUGAAAAAAGGGGCUAGAGACCACUUUUCAGAAGAAAAUGUUUAGUUAUGACAACAAAAGUAGUGUAACAGAUGGCACCCUGGAAACUACAUGACAGCAGAUUGGAGUGAGCCAGCAUAGCUUGUCAGAUAAACAAUCCAGAUGGAAUAAAGCUGUCACUACCUCACUUUUCUAAGACUUUUUCACAUACACACAUGCGCACACACACACAAACUGAGAUACAUGAGCACCCCGUGAACGCCGCUGGAAAGCUAUAUAAGAACUCGUCAGGAGGGUCAAACACCCAUUACUUUUCUCUGAAGGACUGUGUUGCACUUUCUUUUUUUGAGCUACUUUCAGCGAAGAAAAAAGAUUUUUACUUUAAAGAUAUACUCUAAAGGAUAUUUGGCAUUGCCUUGGGUCACUUAGCACUUUGUUCUGAUUCUUUUUUUAAUUGGAAUUUAAAAUAAGUGACCUUCAUUAAUUCUGGAAUUUCCAUGAAGAAUGGCAACACCAGAGAUUUUACAAAUGUUUUUGGGCAAUGACUCAGCUGUGGAUUUAAACAGCAAGACAAUUCACAGUUUUGAAGGACCACAGAGCGUUGAUGGCUUCAGUGUGACCAUGGCUGUCCUCCACCUAGCCGUAUGCAUCACGGGAUUGGGAGGAAACUCUUUGGUCAUCAUUGCCAUCCUCAAGCUGGAUAAAAUGGCAUCUGCCACAACUGUGUACAUCUUCAACCUGGCUUUGGCAGACGGACUGUUUAUGGUGGGGAUCCCAUUUGUGGCUUUCCAGAAUUUCCAGAACCAAUGGAUCUUUGGUGACUUGGCCUGCAAGCUAGUCAUGGUGCUGGAUGGAAUCAACCAGUUCACCAGUGUGUUCUGCCUCACGGUGAUGAGCGUGGACCGCUACAUGGCACUAGUGGACCCCCUUCGCUUUGCACGCUGGAGAACUCCAAAGCGGGCGAAAAUAAUCUCUGCAUUUCUGUGGCUCUUCUCCUUGAUUCCUGUCUUGCCCAUGGCUCUCCACUUCACUGUGCAGUAUGGCCUGUGUAUGGCUGACAUGUUUGUGGACAAAUGGUGGAUGACUUUCCUCACGUACACUUUUGUGCUGGGCUUCGUCCUCCCCUUCCUGGUGAUGAUCAUCUUCUACACAACUCUGGUGGUGACUCUGAGGAGCUCCAGACAAUAUCAAAGGAGUUCUACCUCCUCAGAGGAGAGCCAGAGGUUGGAGAAGCAGGUUACCAAGAUGGUGGUAGCUGUGGUUGUGGUCUUCGGGAUAUGCUGGCUGCCUUUUUACGUCUUCAACUUCUGCUCUCUGUAUGGUACAAAUGUGACACUUGCCUUUGCACGUGGCUUUGAGAUUGCAGUGCUCUUGUCCUAUUCAUGGAGCUGUGCUAACCCGAUCCUGUAUGCUUGCCUAUCAGAGACCUUCAGCAGGUACUUCCGCAUGUUACUCUGCUGCUGUAUAAACUCUCCCAGAAUGCACUGCAACAGAGACACAGAGGCCUAUGACCUGCGUUACACAAAUGAGCAGGAUGUAAGUGUGCUAACUUAAUUUCAAAAUAUUUAUUUCAGUGGUUUGAAGAAAAUGUAUACAUUCAAAGAAUUUUAUCUUUUGCAACACUCAAGUGUUCCUUGCUUAAGUUUGAUAUCAGAUAAUCCUUAUCUAUUAUGCUAAUUUCCUACUAUCCAGUUGUGGUUGCAUUCAGAUCACUUCAAAACUACAAUAUUGUGACAGACUGAUAUGGGGAACACAAAAACUAGCUGGUUUGUUGGCGAACACAAUAACUUCCAGCUGGGACACAAAUGACAGAGUUGACAGGAUGAUUGCUUUGUGCCUCUGUCUUGGGGUGUAAUGUCAUGUUGAGGAUUAUGUAAUUCAUUUGCCCUGUUAAUGUGUCCUGACCCCAUAUACGAGUGCUUCUCAGCCCACUGUGGAAAUUAGGAUGAUGUCACUGUUGCCAUAGCACUCAGCUGGGAAUGAACACUACAAGUUGGUAUGCUUGUUAUGACAUUUGACAUGAAUGAAGAAUGUGAGACAUAAGGAAUUCAUUUAGAAGCUUUAAUGGAUUAGAAGUCCCAAGAAACACUGACAUGGUUCAUUUUGCUAUGCUAUGGUAGAUUACUUCAAAUUUUCUACACAGGGUAUGACUUCAUAUUAGGGAUUCUACACUAAUUUUUCAUUGUUUGGAGUGUUUGAUUUACAUUAUUCUUUUCUCUGUUUUUUUGUAGUACAUGCUCUGCCUUUCAGUGUAUUUGUCUUUUGUGUGUUAUUUUAUAGCAAAAUGUUUUUAUACUAUGGAAAUAGCUUGUGUGUUAUAGCUUUCAUUACUAAUGUAAACAAUGUCUAUCUGUGAUAUUUACAUCAUGUAGCCAGUAACAAAAUACUGUUCAAUUGCAUCAGAGUAACCUCACAUCACAAUGUUGUAUAGUAAACUUUAUAAAUGACUACGGAACUGCAAGUGUGUGUGUGUGUG